AUGGCUAGUUCCUUGUAUUCUCUUGUUCUUCUGUUAAUAGUUGUUGACACGCUUUGUAAAGGUAACCCGAGUAUCCCUGAGUUAUCUGAACAAUUUGUUUAGCAACAGAGUCUCCAGGGUUUUACACUUUGAACUCGCAGAUUUCGGAAGAGAAGGCGGAUGAUUUAUUCAAAUUUCUGACAGAUCCCAGGCUUUCGAUUUAUUCAAAGCUAACAAAUAUUGAGGAGUUGGGAGCUCUAGAUGAGUUAUUUGAUUACAUCCUUACUGAGCAUUCAAAGAAGCAUGAAAAUAUAACGAAAGAUGAUCUUCAAGAUCUCAAAAAACAAUCGCUCGAGGUAGGCUUUUGAGAAUUAUGAUUUCUAUUACAAAUACCAAGCAAGAUUAAUUUGUCAUAAUUUCAGGAAUGGCAGGCAUAUUCAAAUAGCAGCUUCCAAAGCCACGAAGCCACCAAUCAAUUCAAAAGUUUCAUUCAGCCCCUUAUUAAUGAUUAUCUUGACCUUCGAAAGGAGAUUCCACAAGAUCAGCUGGAAAAAGACUAUGGAUUUUCCGCUUUAUUGAACGAUAAACUGAUUGAUUGUAAGUACAAACAUUCUCAGCGGUUGUAUGAUUUGCUUAGCCAUUAAGACGACUGACGAAUCCAGCAAAGUAAUAAAAGAAGUCCUGGAAGAUAAGACAAGAAGCAAGCCCAUCUUGGUCAAAGAGUUUGCCGAAACUUAUCCCACACAAUGGGCGGAUGUGUUGGAUGCUGCAUUAGAGUACUGGAAAAAGGAAAAGAAGUUUGGCAAGGACGUCGCGGAAAUUUUGAAAGAGGUACAAACUGUUUGAAUAGCAUUUACGAAACAAGUUUUAGCUCUGGUCAGAGGGCAAUGGCGACGGUGAUUUCUUUAAAUUGUACAAGGUUUUGGACAAGAUCUCAAAGUUGGAUGACAAUAAACGGAAAACUUUCGAGGCCCUAACGCCAGUGACUGCAAAAUAUUUGAACGGUUGGUUUAUCGGAUUGCUCACAUUUUAUAAUUUGGCGGUAUUAUAUGUACUUAUUCUAGCCCUUAUGCAAUUUCCAUUACUUUCAGAGAUCUUGUCUCUUGCGUCGGUUAUAAAUAACAAAGUGCAGUUAAAGGACGACAUUGCAAACCCAUUGGUCACAGCCGGCGUGGCAAGUAAGAGCUGUUAAAAACUUUUUUCUUUAUAAAAAUAGCAACUUGACGAUUAUUUUUAGAAGUGGUCAAGUUCUCGCUAAACCAGGCGUUCGAAAAGCUGAAGGAAGCCAAAAAGGAUACCAAAAGUCUUGUGAAACUGUUAAAGAGCGACAAAGUAACGUUGUUCCAUAAAUUUUACAACAUCAGCCGAGCCUUGCCUGAGGAGAAUGUGCUGCAAAGUGGGACCAAGGACCUCGAACAGAGCGGGUUGGAUAGGAAAGUGAUGAGGUCCUUUGAAACUGUAAGUUGGCGUGUUUAAUAUAAUCCAUUUUUUGCAGCUGAUACAAACUUAUGUAUCGCAAAAUGGUAAAGCCAGCUACUUCUUGAAUCGGGGGUUAAGUGAGGAAGGUAUGAUCCAAUUUACCUUGUUAUGGAUACAAUUUCUUUAGACGGAAACUUGUUCUUGGCUGAUGUCAUGAAUCGACUAACAAAGCCGCAACUCGAGCAACUAAAAGGACUUGUGCCCGGGGCACGGAAAGGAUUGGAAGGUACAGAAUUUGUGUGUAUUCUAGCGUCAAAAGAGUAGCGUUGAUUAAUCAUAUUUUUUAGAGUUUAUUGCCACGAUGUAA